AGACGUUCCUACCGGAGGUCACACUCACCGACUGGUUCCUCGUCAGCCUACCAACUGCGCGUCAGUACCAGAGGAUGUGCAGUCGUUUCUCCGCCGCCCCAUCCUCUUCGUGGCCAGCCGCCACCUCCCAGUCUCGCGGUACCACCAAAGGCCGCUCCUCGUUUGCUGGACGUUUUCAUCGCCCGGGUCGACCUGCAGCACCAUUCUCUCGACACUACAGUUCUUUCGAGUAUGGAGAGGACGCCUCGGUCGAGCUCGACCCUACCGUUGGGGACGCCCCCAAGGACAUCGAGCUUCGGGACGUCAUCCAGUACCACUUGGAUGACGACACUGUCCCGGUGGCCGAGCGCCUGCAGAUAGCCAUGUAUGCCAUGGGUCAUGCGCGGUCUCACCCCGACAUCGCCUUCACUUCCCCUCGUCAGUUUGUUCACUUCAUACGACAGGAGGACGUCAAGUUCUACUCAGUGAACGUCAUGGAUCUUCUUCGCUAUGAUCCACUUUGUCCCGAGGUUGAGCUCAUCUUUCUGGAGCCCGAUCCCCCUGACCCUUCCUCCAUCUUCGCGGCUCCCAUCUCUACGUCCACCCGUCAGCCUGCGGAUACCCCCACCACGUCCCAGGCCCCUGCGCCAUCGACUGACGAGUCCACACAUACGUCUCGUGCCGACGCAGAUGCUGAGGAACUCACACGGUUCACGACAGACUUAGAGCCGGUCGUUCGCUACCUGAUUCGAGAGUACCGCGACGUCUUUCCCCCGUAUUUCUCAUACAGCAGGAUUCCCCCGACGCGCGGUGUUGAGCAUUUUAUCCAGCUCGUGCCUGACUAUCGCGUUCACCAUCAGGCAUCAUACCGACUCUCGAUUCUAGAGGCGACGGAACUCAAGCGUCAGCUUGAGGAGCUCCUUCGACUGGGUUUCAUUAAACCGAGUAACUCUCCUUGGGGUGCAUCUGUCCUCUUUGCUCGCAAAGCAGACGGAACUCUCCGCCUCUGCAUCGACUAUCGCGGCCUUAACCGUUAUACGGUUAAGAACAGUUAUCCCAUGCCCCGCGCGGAUGAGUUGUUUGACCGUCUGGCAGGCAACUGUUUCUUCACGAAGAUCGAUCUUCGUAGCGGUUACCACCAGUCUCACCAGAUUCGUGUUGCCGCAGAGGACCAGCUGAAGACCGCCUUCCGGUCGCUCUUCGGCCAUUACGAGUUCACGGUGAUGCCAUUCGGCCUCACCAAUGCACCCGCCAUUUUCCAGACGGCGAUAAACGAUAUCUUCAGGGACAUCCUUGAGGAAUACGUUAUCGUAUACGUGGACGACAUCUUGGUCUACAGUCGUACCUUAGAAGACCAUAUCAGACACCUCCGCGAUGUCCUACAGCGCUUACGCAAGCAUGGCUUCUAUGCCAAGCUUAGUAAGUGCCGCUUUGCCCAGCGCAAAGUGGACUUCCUAGGACACCAUGUGUGUGACCAGGGUCUCCACAUGGACGACGAGAAGAUCACUGCUAUUGCAGAGUGGCCCGUCCCCACAUAUGCCAAGCAGCUUCGCAGUUUCCUAGACCUCACCAGCUACUAUAAUAAUUUCAUCCAGGGAUACGCUAGGUAUUCCUACGUCCUUACCUCCACCCUCCUCCGGAAGAACCCGCCGUGGUUUUGGACACCCCUCUGCGAGGACGCCUUCCGCGCCCUCAAGAAGGUGGUGACUUGUGUGCCGGUUCUUUGUCUCCCUGAUUUUGAUCGCCCCUUCAUCGUCACCACCAAUGCGUCAGAUUUUGCAGUAGGAGCAGUAUUUUCCCAGGUGUUUCUCUUUCCUUCUGAUUCACCUUAUCAACAUGUUUCUCCCUUCCCCCCCCCUCCUGCUGACACUGCUUCUCGACUGACGCCUAUCCUACCACCACUUCCCUCCACUGACAGUCCUCCCGUUACUUACUCCCCGACCAUCGCGGAGGAUGGGACUGUCAAGGCUCGUGCUGGGGAUUGCCCGAUCGCCUUCUACUCUCGUCAGCUACUACCUACCGAGAUAAACUACACUGCCGAUGAACGUGAGGUUCUCGCAGUAGUUUAUGCUACCCGGCAUUGGCGUCAUUAUCUGCUCGGGACGCCCUUCACGGUGCGCACGGACAACUCAGUUGUCCACGCUUUCCUCACGGAGCCCAAGCUCUCCCCUCGACAGGCACGUUGGUGGCAUGACUUAUCCGAGUUCAGUUUCACCACUCAGUCCAUCAAGGGUGAAACGAACCGCGUCGCCGAUGCCUUGUCCCGCCGUCUUGAUCACAAUCAGGAACCCAUCCAUCUUGCUGUCAUCUCCAUCACCACUGUUGAUCAGUCGAUGAUCGACGCAUAUCGCACCCAGUACCGUCACUGCGCGGAUUAUCGCUUCAUCCACGCGACCCUGCGGAGUGGUAAGACCGUUCCCUCAUACUCCCUCGGUGAGAACGGUCUCGUGUACUGGCAUGGCAGAUCUGGUCAGCUAGAACCACGUAUCUGCGUUCCCUCCACCGGACAGCUCCGCGUCCAGGCUGUAGCAGAGUUCCAUGACCAGGCAGUUGCCGGUCAUAUGGGCUUCCACAAGACGUUGGCUCGUGUUUGCCGCCUAUACGUCUGGCCGAAGUCCAAGGACUUCGUCAAAGCCUACAUCCAGGAGUGUCCUACCUGUCAGGAGGUGAACAGUGCGAACCACCUUCUGUAUGGGUUACUUCAGCCCUUACCCAUACCCGAGGGUCAUUGGCAGUCCAUCUCGAUGGAUUUCAUUGGUCCCCUCCGCCCACCCACUGAACGCGGUCAUGAUGCUAUCUUGGUCGUCGUCGAUCGCUUCACGAAGCGUGCACGUUUUGUCCCGUGCCUCUAUCGCAUUAGCGCUCGUGAGGUCGCCGACAUCGUCUUCGACUGAGUCGUGAGAGAUCACGGCUUACCUCAGAGCAUCAUCUCCGACCGUGACCCGCGCUUUACCAGCACAUUCUGGCGACGCCUACACGAG